CAUCACGUGUAGUUCCAGCCCGAUCCCAGAACUGAUACGGAAAUCGAAUGGGUGAAGGCGUAGAUCUUCCUCAGGUGACAGCACCUCGCUACCCAGGCCAUCUUAAAUGCCCUUCAUUCCUUCAAGAUUCAUAUUUCCAGAAAGUUUGUACAUUGCUCCUUAUAUAUCACGCUAUCAACUCUCCUCUCUGAACAUAUCAUAACUCUAUCAUCGCUUACUGUGUGCCAUACUACUACUUUAAACUGUACCUUACUACGAAUUCUGCUAUAAAUACAUACCAUGUACUAUAACGGUGGAUAUAGUCCAGCUAUGGAGCCAUCAUACUCUACGGGCAGCAAUGACUCGACUCAGACUACCGGCAGUUACUCAAGUCUUCCCAGCCAAUACUCAACCUCGUAUCCUGUGGUGACAGACAACAACAUCGAUACUACCCAAAUGUCAUUCGAUCAAUGCUACGACUUCGACUCAUAUGGUCAAGCGUACGACCUUCCAGAUUGGAACGACCUAAAUCCUAUGGAGUGCACCGAUUUCAUGCAGUCGUCCUCGCCAACAGACCCCCGGACAGCUUUUCCAUAUGAUAUGGGCCCCAGUUUGAAUCAGACCCAUGAUCUCAAUACCCUCUCGCGCAGUCCGCCCUCAGGCCUGGAGGCUCUGGAAUCAGAGAGACGCACGAAACCUUUCGAGUGCAGCUGCGGCAGGAGUUUUACCCGAUCUGCAGACUUGAAACGACAUCAGACUACUGUUCAUUACCCCGUGUUCCAAAACUGCCCGGUGCCAAAAUGUGCACGAAAGGGCAAGAACGGCUUCCCUCGCAAGGACCACUUGAACGAGCACCUACGCUCGUAUCAUCGCAUCAACAUUGCUAAGCGUGAAGUGCCAAAGAAGAAGCCUGCAAAGGAAGAAUCUUUGUCCCCGAAUGCGGUCCGAAGAUGAUGCGGCUACAAUACGAUGCGACUGGACGAUAUGAUGUGCUAUGUUCUAUGAUGUUACGCAAUUCCUUCUGUAUCUUUUUUUCGGUCCUGUAACACGCUGUGCAUCGUUGCAUAUGUUCGUUUCUUUCCCUUUCCUGCUGGGGCUCCGUCAUCAG